UAAACCUUCACAAGUUUUUUAGGAAAUGAACGUAGCGUUUUUGGGCACCGGUUCUGGAUAUCCUACCCCAUGUCGUGGGGCUUCAGCGCUUGCUAUACGCUACGAGGGGGAUGUGUGGUUGAUAGAUUGUGGUGAAGGAACCCAAACUCAAAUCAUGAAACUAAAAACCAUUCGGCCCGGCCAAAUUUCUAAAAUUUUUAUCACCCAUUUACACGGAGAUCAUAUGUUUGGCCUUCCUGGGUUGUUAUGUACUAUUUCUAUGAAAACGGUCUCAAACCUUAAACUGGUAGAAAUAUAUGGGCCACUUGGGUUGCGUCGCUUUUUAAGGGAAGCAUUAAAUCUUUCUAGGUCAGUUUUAACAUUUAAGUAUGUUGUGCAUGAGAUUGUGCCCAACCGUAUACAGUAUGAUGGGUGGAAGCCUGGAGAUCCAGAUUGGAAUAUGUGGGAUCCAGAACACACAGCAAAAGGGUGUCUUCAUUUUUGUGAAGAGGGUUUUGGGCACGCUAUUUUUUAUGAUGAAGUUAUGAAGUGUUGGCCUCUGUGCUCUAAUAAAAAUAUGACUGUAGUUGCUGGUGGGUUGAAACAUAGGAUUCCCAGCUUUGGGUUUGUUUUUACGGAGUGCGACAAGCCCGGGAAACUAAAUAAUGCAAAAUUAAUCGAAUAUGGGGUACCUAAAGGCCCCUUAUUUGGGAGGAUUAAAAAUGGUGAAGAAAUUACUUUAGAAGAUGGACGCAUUUUAAAACCAGAAGAUUUUGUUGGGCCUGUACAGUCUGGAAAAAAGGUGGCUGUUUUACAAGAUACAUGCGAUUCAUGGCAUAUGAGGGAAAUUUGCAAUAACUGUACUUUGUUAAUACAUGAGGCUACUAAUGAGAAUUGUCAGCAAGACCGCUGCAUUGCAAAUGGGCAUUCUACACCCGCAAUGGUUGCACAAUUUGCAAAUGCAAUUGGAGCCCAAAAAAUAGUUUUAACUCAUGUAAGUCAAAGAUAUAAACAUCCUCUUACGCACGAUGUUGAACCAGAUGACCAAACUACUGAAAUUUUGGAAACUGAGACCAGAACUGACUUUUCAGGCCCAGUAAUUGCAGCUUAUGAUGGCUUAGUUGUCAAUGUAAACAAAAAGGUGUUUUAAAAAAUGGAUUAGAAAACUUGAUUUAUGUAUAUCCGUUUAUUGAGUAUAGUAUGAUGGGUGGUUAUAUACAUAUUUAAUCAGAUAAAUUUCUUUUUCUUUACCAAUUCUUUUAUACUAGGUCUAUUUAUAUGCACGUUAUACAAAAGAAAAAUGAAUUUCCCUUGUAAUGUUUAUAAACUUAUUAGUUCCAAUGUUUAUAAAUGACCACUUUCGGUCAAUCAAAAAUAGCACACCUGCUUAAAAACUCAGUUUAUUUAUAUAUAAAACUUCUCGUUUUGCUGUUUUCAAA